AUGCAGCGCUUGUACUGUCUGGUGGAGGCUAAACAACAGAGAGAUCAUGGGCGUGACGGAGUCGUAAGUGACAACAUCACACGGCACACCUCACCAGAAUCGGUGACAUUGCGAUGGAGGCGUGGCAAGUUUGAAAAAGACGAUAAAUAUGAUUCGGACGACCUGAAGCGCGAAGGAACUGAAACGGCACCUCUUAUGAAGUCAAACAUCGGAUGGGAUUUGGAAAGUACCCCUCCUGAGUUAACGCUGCAUAAUGAUGACGAUCUUCCAAACUUGUCACCUCAAGAUCGUACGCAGUUGAUGGCAGAAAACGAAAGGAUAUUUGACCGAUUUUCACACGUACAUGCUCAAAUUGAGGGUCUCGAAACGCAGAUUACUGAAAUUCAGCGCCUUCAUGAAGUAUUCGCUGAGAAGGUUAUGGAUCAAGAAAAAGACAUUGAAAUCAUAAAUGAAGCUGCCUUACACACUUCCGAAAACCUGAAAGAUGGUAAUGAAUGGAUACGCCAGGUACUCCCUUUAAUUCAAUUCUGAUA